GUUUGAAUUUUUAAAUAUUUUUGUUAGAAGUUUAUUAAUUUUUGAAAGGGCAAAAAAAAAUGUAUUUAAAUUAGUGAUAAAAACCUUUAAUCUUGUAUAAAUUUGUAAAAGAAAAAACUAAAAAAUUUAAAGUGAAAUAUAAUCUAAAAUUAUUUUAAGAAAUUUUUAGAAACAAUGUAAAGAAAUGACCGAACACAAUUUUAUUGGAACAUGGGAGAUAAUCAAAUGUACUUUUGAGGGAAAUGUUGAAACAUCAGGACUUGAAAAUAUUAAAUUUAGGUUAGAUGAAACGGGUGAUAUUACUUGGUAUAAUGAUUUAAGCUCUCUUCCUCAACCAAAAGACUGCUAUAAUUGUUGCGAUUCUGCAAGUGUCCUUUUUAGUUGUGAAACAUUUGAUGUCAACGAACAAAAUCCAAGGUUAAUAUUUGGAGCAUUUGCAGGUCAUAGCAUAGAAUUUAAUACUUCUUCUCUUACACCUAUCGAUCUUUUGAUUUUAGAGUGCGAAAACUGGUACACGUUACAUUGCAAACGAUUAAAAGAUGAUCAAGCUGGACAAGAAAAGGAAUUUACUUUUGUUAACUCUUUAAAGGAUAAUUAUUUUUGUGAUGUCACAAUAAAAAGUUGUGAUGGGGUAGAAUAUCAGGCUCAUUCUGUAAUUUUGCGUCUAAAUGGUUUUGAUUGUAGCAUGUGUUCAUCUCCGAAUUCUACAAAAAAUUGCACCGAAAGUAAUAAUAUUGAUAAUUCCAACAAAAUAAAAAUCUCCGUUACAUCACAUUCAGAUUUAGUGACUGUUAACAAGAAUUUACCAAAAUUUGAUUUAUCUCCAACUUAUCUGCAGCUUCCUACAAAUGAAAAGUUUUUGGCAAAUAAAAAUAAUUUAUCUUCCUCAUUUAAUAGUUUAGAUAUUUCUUAUAAUCAAAAAUCUGAAAAUACUUUAAUGCACCAUGCUAAUUCAUCAUCUGAUUCCAAUUUGCAAAUUAAUUCAAAUCAUAGAACAAUUUUCAAUUUUUCGAAUGAAGUUUGUAGCAGUCGUAAACCACCGCUCUCUCCUUAUAAAGCAAGAAGCCCAUCACCAUUUUUAGUAACUACAGAAACUCCACCAUCGUCUCCUUUGACUCCAGUUGGAAUUUUAAACGAUUUACCUUCUUUUCUUUUAUCACCUAUUAUUAACUGGCUGUACACUGAAUCUUUAACAAAUGAUUUAUUAGAAGAAAAUUGCGAAAAAAUUAUUAAUUUUGCUGAAACACAACCACCUUUAAUUAAGAUAGUUGAACCUUGUAAAAAAUAUUUAAAAUUGACACGUUUAAAAAAAUUUGUAGUUGACACUGUUAUGGAUAUAAAUAGCAUAUUGAGUAAAAUAAUUAAUAAAAUAAAUUCAUGCUCAACAAGUUACCAAACUAGUAGUAUUCUACGAAUUUUCAAAGAUUGUUUAAAAGAAGCAGCAAUAGGGUUUGGUCGUAUAUUAAUAUUCUGCAAUAUAUUUGUGACGGAUGGUGCAGAUAUAUCUCGAAAUCAAAGAAAUGAAAUCAUUAAAUAUAUUCGUAGUAAAAUUUCUGUAUUUAUACCCCAACUACAUAAAUUACUCGAUACAAUUUUAAAGUUGCUUCUGAAUUUGUCAAUCGAAGAGAAAUCAAAUUUGAUAAACUCGUUAAUUCCUGAGAUUGAAUAUUCUUUCGAAGUUUUGACAAAAGUUGUUGAAGAAAUUAAAAAAUCUUUGGAAAAAAUUUGUAAGGAUAUGAAAUGUUAUAAUAUUGGUAUACCAGCUGGAACAAAGCCAAAUUUGAAUAAGAAACAAAAUAUUCUUAGACAAAAUUCGAAUUUAGUUCUGAAAAUAAAUAAUUCAUCAGAAGGAUUUACUUCUCAGAACCUAAAUAUUCAGGCCGAUAAUGAUUUAAAAUUGCUAUUAUAUAUGUAUGAAGUGAGGAAAUUACAUGAUAUAUAUGGUCGUAUAUCGGUUGUUCUUGAUAUAUUAAAAGAGAAAAGAUCUACAUUUUGCGAAAUGGGUAUAUUGGAUAAAAUAAGCACAAUUAAUCAAAAUUUUGAACAAUUGUUAGUGGAUAUUCCAGCUUACAUUGUUAUUUUAGAAAAUCUGUCAGAUAAAUUUGAUGACAACAUUGGUUGGAAAGAGUUCAAAUUUUGCUUUAAAUUAGCAACUAGUCAAAUAAACGGUGUAUUAACAAAACUUUUAGAUCACAAACCAGCUUUGAUAGAUGCCAUUAACCAGAUCUGCGACUUAGUUAAACACGAUGAAUUCACUAAAUGUUUAAUUGAUCUUGGUUUGCUAGCAGAAAAUAAUAUUUUAGAAAAUAAAUUACAACAAUUUUCUGAAAAGAGGGACUAUGAUUAUAAAUACGCCAAACUUAAUUUAGUGAAGGGUUUGUGUGAACCACCAACUGCAGCAAACAGUUCAUUAGCCAAAGCAGCAAUACGACUUCUUCAUUCAAAUCAGAUAACUGAUAUGGAAUUUGAAAUAAUCCAAAAUUAUAAAGAUCCUUCAUCCGGUCAAAAUAAAUGUCAGACGACAAUCUUUAGAGCGCAUAGAAUCAUUAUUGCAUCAAGAUGCGAAUGGUUUAAAAAGGCUUUAAUGUCUGGAAUGGUAGAAAGUAUAACAAACAAAAUUGUGAUUACUGAUACAUCUCCAGUAAUAUUUCGUCGUUUGUUACUUUAUUUAUAUGGAGCACCUGUUGACGAAACAGUUGGAGCAGAACAAAUAUGUGAAUUGAUGCUUCUUGCAGACCGUUAUUCAAUUGAUGAUUUAAAGGCUUUGUGUGAAAAUGCUUUAAAUUCAUUAAUUGAUGAAAAUUCUGUUGUGUGCCUACUUGGGAUUGCCGAUCGUUAUUUAGCAUCGGGCUUAAGAUCAAAAUGUUUAUCAUUUUUAUCUCAAAACCCAAGGUUAACAAAGCAGGAAAUAUUUAAGGAACUACCUAAACAAGUGCAGCAAGAAGUACGGGAUCUAAUAUUAUGGUAUGGUAGGGUACCUGAACCAUGGAAUGAACGUAGCAGAGGAAAUCUUAAAGGAUCUUUAAAAGGAUUAUCUCGUUCUAGAAAGUCAUCACCGUCAUUAUCACACGAUGUAAAUAAAUAAAAUUUUGGUUAUAAAAACCCAAAUAAUAUAAAAAUUUAAUAUUGUAUAUAUUUGUAUUCUUAUAUAAACCUAAUUCUGUUCAUAGACUAUUUUUAUUAAAUUACUCUUUCUUAUAUAUAAGUAUUUAAAAAGAUCGAAUUUAGGAUGAAUUUGAAGAUUUUAUUUCUUUACAACAAUUUAUUAAUUUUAAUUAUAUCAGUUAUGUUGUCCUAUAUUAAUAUAGGACAACAUAACUGUUAUAUUCUAUAUCCUUUAUCUUAUUUAAUUUAAAUAUCCGGGCGGAAAUCUAUUUAGUUUUUUCUUAACUUAAUAAAACGUGAAUUUUAUCGGAUAUAUCGCCUCUUACGUGUGUGCUAUACAAAAAUGGAAUUAGGGUAUAUAUUGUAUAUAAAAUAUUUGUAUGUCAACAUAAUGUAAUAAUAUGUUAUAAAUUAUAUAAUGUUUAAUUAUAACAAAUAUAACAUACAUUUAUAUUAAUAAAAAUAAAAAUGAAUAUAUAUAUAUGUAUGUUGUGUAUAUCAUAUUUUUAUGAACAUUUAAAAUAAGUAUAAUGUUAAAAGUAUCUUUGAAAUCAUAUUUUCAUUAUAUCAAUUUAAAUUUGUGAU